AUGCCCGCCCUCAACGCCUGUCUCAAAGUCGCCAAUAUUGCAGAAGCUUCCGGUGUGCCAUACGUUGAGAAUGUGGCAAAGGUAGCCGUAUCUGUCUUCGAGCUCCUCGAGCACAAGGGAAAGAACAAGAAAAACGUCAAGGAACUGUGUGAGAGCAUAGCAAACACGAUCGCCGUCAUCGAUGCUUUCGUUCGUAUGCACGGAGAGCCAGAAGCUUCGCAUUUUAAGGAUAUUUGUGGGGAGAUGGAAAAAUAUCUCGAAAGCAUGGCUCAAGAAUUGAAGGAUAUCAAGCGUAAACAUCGUGGCCUUAAAGGCGUCUUUAGUGUCCACGACUUCCGAGACGCCAUCCAGACUUACAGAAGGCGCGUUGACGAUCUCAAAACGGACUUUCUCAUCCAUUCUGUGGGUGACUGCCGUUUGGAGGUCACGCAGAUACAAAGCCUGUUGAAGGACGUGGCGGCCGGGGCUGUGGUGGGUCACUCGGAGGAGCUUGUUUUUCGGAUCCCGAAGAAGCCUGUUGCAAUCACGACUUUUUUUUUUUUGUAA